UUGGUCCCCGCCCUCUCCCCUCACGGAGGGAGAGCCGGGCAGCGGGGCCGGUAGCGCCAUGGAGGAGGCGGCGGCGGAUUGCGGGGCCCAGUUCCGCGCCGCCGUCCAGGUUAUCCAAGGGCUGCCCCGGAGCGGUUCCUACCGGCCGUCUUAUGAGGAGAUGCUGCGUUUCUACAGCUACUACAAGCAGGCGACGGCGGGGCGCUGCCAAGGACCCAGGCCCGGCUUCUGGGACCCCAUCGGCCGGUACAAGUGGGAUGCUUGGCACAGCCUGGGGAGGAUGUCCAAAGAGGAGGCAAUGGCAGCUUAUGUGGCCGAGAUGAAGAAAGUGGCCCAAAAGGUCAUCGACACGGUGCCCAUGGACGAGACGACAGAGGAGAUGUUUGGGUACUUCGAACCGCUCUACGAGGUGAUCCAUGACAUGCCCCGGCCCCCUGAGGCCUUCUUCAAGAGGAAAAGGGGCAGUCAGGAGCAGACAGCCAACCGCAACCAGGAUGACCCAGCGAGCAGCCCGGCUCCGGAGCACCCCAAAGACGCCCUGCCCGAGGAGCAGCGGAACGGGCCGCACGUGCCAGGAGGUGGGCUGGCUCCUGCCGCCGAGGCGCUUGAGGGUAGCCAGGUGACCAGUGACUCCGAGGGGGACGUGUACUGCGAUACCCUGGAGCUUAUGGAGCCUGAGCAGGCUGGGCGGCCGCUGGGUCUCUCCCCGGAUGGCGUCGGGGCCGGGCCUGAGCCCCCCAUGCCCCGCGGCACCGGGCAGGGGGAACGGGGCGAAGGCAGAAGAGGAGAGGGGAGGAGCGGCGCUGGCCUCGCAGCCCAUGGCUCCGAGAGAGAUCUCCAGCUCGCCGGGGGGGAGCAGGAUGCCGAGAGCACCCAGGGGCUGCCGGACCAGCUGGACACCCACGUGGCCGGCACCGUCCGGGCCCUGCAGGAUGAUAUGCGGCGAGUGCUGGAGCGCCUGAGCGAGCUGGAGACGCUCGCCUCUGCCCAGGGGGAUGCAGCUGGGACCGACCCUGGCCGCUCGCUCGCUCCACAGGAAACGUCCCCAUGGCCCCUGACCGUCUCCCCGCGCACCCUGCUCUUCCUCAUCGCCUGGCCCUUCGUCACCCAGUGGCUGCUGCGCCGCUGGCAGGGCAAGAUGAGGUGACAGCCGCGUCCCCCAUGCCACCUCCGGCCCCGACUCGGGGUGCAGGAUGUCACCAUCCCGCUUAGACGCGCCACGGGAUCACCGAGGGAAGGGCCUCACCCAGCCAGGGGGGUCUCCCGCGGGCCGGGACCCCCCAUCCCCGGGGGGACGGGGACGCCACUGCGCACCGCUGAUUGUCACCGUCACUCUCAGGGUCACUCAUCUGCCGGGAUGGACACGGGAAUGUCUGUCCGUGGGGUGCGGGAUCGCCCCGAAAGGGAUCCCCCCGGGACAAAGGGGGCGGGGGGGCGGGGGGAUCCCCUCCCUGCCAUGCACAGAGGGACCUGGUGCUGGGGGGGGCGGUGGGGGACAGACACUGUCCCUGUCCCCGGGUUCCAUGACGUGCUUGGACAUCUGAACCUCAAUUAAAGUUGCCUUUUCAAUCU